UAUUAAACUGAUCCAGAGUCAGGCGCAGAGCUCAGGGAACGAUAUUUUCUCCACCGCCUCCUCUCUCCACGUGUGUCCUGAUCUGACAAAGUUUGUGGGUAGCACAGAUAAAAUAGUAUCUUUUCAUAUCAAAUAUCAUGGAAGAGAUACCCGCAGAUGUGCGUUCGUUCAUACAAGACCAUCCAUUUUUACAACUGACAGACGCUAAAAAGGUUAAAUGCACGUUAAAUGGACACGAGUUUCCGUGUAAUCUAAAAGAACUCCAGGACUUCACAUCUGGGAAGAAGUAUCUAAAGCUAAGCGCAGUCGCCCAGUUCAACUACAGUCAAUAUGAACCACACGUGGUGCCAAGCACCAAACAACCAAAUCACCUUUUCUGCAAGCUUACUUUGCGGCACAUCAACCGACUUCCACACCAUGUUUUGCGUCAUAUCAACGGGAAACGGUACCAACGAGCCUUGCAGAAAUAUGAGGAGUGCGUGCGAGAGGGCGUGGCCUUUGUUCCCGCCAGCCUGAGACAGAAGAAGCCCAGACACACGGGGGAGGGGGAGCGCGGCCGCCACUCCAAGCGCGGGAACGGCUUCUGGGAGCCCAGCUCCAGCGGAGGGGAGGGCGAGGACUCGGACGACAGCAUGAGUGACCUGUAUCCAUCCACCAUUUUCACUUCGAAGAAGCCGGAGGGCGGAGAAGGGGAGAUAGCGGAGGUGGAGGGCAGUGACAGCUUUCAGACCGACAGCGACGAUGAGGAGGCCUCCCCAAUGGAGGUGGACAAACAGGCACCGCAGAAGCGCAGAAAGGCACAGACAGCUGCAUUUAAGAAGAAGUUCAAGAGUCACAAUAAGAAGAAAAAAUGGUUUAAGAAAGGUGGAACGGUAAAAAAUGGAAAGUAAUAAAAUGUUUGCUUGGUCAUCA